CACACAAAAAUCACAACUCAGAGAAGGGGCCAUAAUCUCAUUAACUCCUAACCCUCUCUCAUUUCUUUGAAGAAAAGAAAAGAUACUCUGAAUCUUCUUGUCUGCCUAAGAGCAGAAAUGUUGGGUUCCAGUACAAGAUCGAUGCUUUUUCUUCUUGUCUGCAUAGGAUUGCUAGCUGACAACAAAUAUAAGGUCUCAGCCAUGAGACAUACAGAGUUUUUCCUCAGACAAACACAAACAGAUAAAGCGAGAGUUCAGCCAGGUGAAAUUGCUAAGCACAGGAGCAUCGGCUUUCAAUUCAAACACACCCUUGAAGAUAAAGGAACGCUCAGGAAAAACAGGCGAGUUCUUGAGGAAGUAAACAAGAAUAAAGUCAAAGCUGAAGAGACGCAAGAACAAAAGAAUAAGACGGGUGAUGAUGACUCAUUCCAAUCAAGCAAGAGACGUGUAAGACGAGGAUCAGAUCCUAUCCACAACAAAGCCCAGCCAUUUUCUUGAGCGGCACAAGAGAAAUCAAAUACAGAAAAAAGGCAAAUAUACUAUAGAAAUGCAAGAAGAAGAAAAAAGGGCAGAACAAUCAAAUCAACCUUAUCAAGAUGAAGGUAGGUUAGUUGGUUUUUUUACUCGGGUUUAUUAUUCAAGUAUAGGGUUUUGAUAAGAACACACAAUCUUGGGCAGUUGAAGUCAUCAUCAGAAUGCAGAACAGCAUUGUCUGUUCAAGAUACACCAAGAGAAUACAUAUUUGUUUUAAGUAGUCUUCACUCUCUUUUGUUUGCAUCAGUUUCUCGACAAUUCGGUAUAAAAAUUUUGCUCUUUCUGCAUUUGCUUUUUAACUUCACCAAAACAUAUCUUAUGUAUAUACAAAAUCUCAAACAAGUUUUGAUUUGUCUACAUCUU